GCUCCUGAAGAGUUUUCUGCAUUUAUUGAUUUCAGGCAGGACUGGAUGGCACCAGCCUGCCUGCUUCGUGGGACUUAGGAGGGGGAACGGCCCAACCUCUCUUAGGGUUAAUGGUCCCGUUGCCUGCUGACAGGACACUGAGCUCCUGAGGGAACUAUUCACAAGCCCCAUCACGGCAAGCGUACAUUCCUGCAGCACGCUGCCACCCCUGACAGAGCCAGAAGAAAGAAAAGUGCGUGGAGCGGUGUGUGUUGUUCUGAAGGCUGAUGGUGCAUCCUGGUGGACUGGAUUUGUUUGAAGAAGUCUCUGGAUUCAUGGGAAAUCUCCUUUCCUCUCUCCGGUAAUGGCUUUCCUGCCUGGAACUCCAGAACUUGCCAAGGAUUUGCUCACCGGAUCUCCAGAAAAGGGCUGCUCCUUCGAUGUGUCCGACUCCAGCGACGUCGACGAAGGGCUGCUGGACGACUUGGAGCUAAACCCAUUUGAUGGUUUGCCCUACUCAUCGCGCUUUUACGAACUCCUGAAACAAAGGGAGAACCUGCCCAUUUGGAAAACCAAAUAUGUCUUUCUGGAGAAUCUACUGGAGAAUCAGAUUGUGGUGGUGUCCGGAGGUGCAAAAUGCGGGAAGAGUUCUCAAAUCCCUCAGUGGUGCGCGGAGUACUGCCUCUCCAUUCACCAGCGGCACGGGUCAGUGGUGUGCACUCAGGUGCAGAAGCAGACCGCCGUCUGGCUGGCUAUGAGGGUGGCGGAUGAAAUGGACGUCAACAUCGGGCAUGAAGUGGGCUACGUCGUGCCUUUUGAGAACUGUUGUACAAACGAGACCAUCCUAAGAUAUUGCACAGAUGAGAUGUUACUGAGAGAAAUGAUGUCCAGUCCCCUUUUGUCCUGCUACGGAGUAGUAAUUAUCGAUGAUGUUUACGAACGGUCUGUGUCAACGGACGUCCUCCUUGCUUUCCUCAAAGACAUUUUGUUGUCGAGGCCAGAACUGAAAGUGGUGAUAAUCACCUCUCCCGGACUGUCCAGUAAACUAGUUUCUUACUAUGGAAAUGUUCCCCUCGUCGAGGCUGAAAGCACCUACUCCGCAGAAGUAGUUUACACGUCAGGCGUUCAAAGAGACCAUUUCCACGCGGCAUUAAAGCUUCUCUUUGAGAUCCAUCAUAGUCGAGAGAAAGGGGAUAUUGUUGUAUUCCUGGCCUGUGAGCAAGAAAUAAGAAAGGCCUAUGAGAUGAUCCAUCAGGAAGCCUUGCACAUGGGUCCGGAGUUAGGUGAAUUGCGUCCCAUCGCGCUGUAUCCUCAUCAGAGUCUCCCACAUUACCUGCCGUACGAGGGGCUAGAAUACAGCGCCAGCGACAGCAAGAGGAAAGUGGUGUUAACGACCAGUCUUGGCGAGUCCCUGAUCUGGAUGAGCAACGUUCACUUUGUCAUCGAUGUUGGAUUGGAGAAGCGGAAGGUAUAUAACACCAGGAUCCGGGCAGAAUCUCUUAUCGUGCAGCCAAUAAGCCAGAUCCGUGCCGAGAUGAGGAAGCAGAUUCUGGGCACAUGUCCUGCAGGUAAAGUCUUCUGUCUGUACUCUGAGGAAUUUUCCCGGAUAGACAUGAAAACCUUCUUGACUCCAAAAGUAGAAGAAUCGAAUUUGACGUCCAUGGUCCUAUUUCUGAAGAGGAUGGACAUAGCGGGUCUGGCCCACUGUGAAUUUAUCAACAGACCAGACCCUGAAAGUCUAAUGCAAGCCUUGGAAGAUUUGGAUUAUUUGGCCGCACUAGACAAUGAUGGGAAUCUUUCUGAAUUUGGAAUAAUUAUGUCUGAAUUUCCACUGGAUCCACAGCUGUCAAAAUCUAUUCUGGCUGCCUGCGAGUUUGACUGUGUGGAUGAAGUACUCACGCUGGCUGCCAUGGUUACAGCUCCAAACUGUUUCCUGGAAUCUUCCCUUGAAGCUGAUGUUGCCAGGCUAACAAGUAGAAGGCGGUUUCUGCACUCUGCGGGAGAUCACUUUACCCUUCUAAACAUCUACAAGGAGUAUGAACAGAUGAAGAAUGACAAUGCCAGUCAAUACGACAUUGAGAGGUGGUGUCAGGAUCACUUGUUAAACUACGUUGCUCUGGAAAUGGGGUGCGUCAUACGGGGGGAACUCCUGGACAUAAUGAAGCGGAUUGAACUUCCGGUGUCAGAGCCGGCUUUUGGCUCUGAAGAUAACAUCUUGAACAUAAAAAAAUCUCUCCUGACGGGGUACUUCAUGCAGGUAGCGCGAGAUGUUGAUGGCUCGGGGAAUUAUAUCAUGCUGACGCACAAACAGAUCGGCCAGUUACACCCAGACUCUGGGUACUGCCUCAGCCACACUAUCCCAGAGUGGAUCCUGUUCCAUGAAUUCAGUGUGGCAGACAGCAGCUGUAUCAGGAUUGCCACAGAAGUCUCCCCGGACCUGUUCAUGCAGCUGGCGCCCCAAUAUUACUUCAGCAACCUGCCCCCUAGUGAGAGCAAAGAGCUAUUGCAGAUGGCCUUAGAACACACAUCAGGCGUCUCUGCAGACUCUCAGGAAGACUGCGACAAGGAUGAGGAAGAUGCUCCUCCAGCCGAGGCAGAACAAAGAUGCAUUAUACAAUGACCUCGCCGGAUAAAGGAGGAUUCACAAGUGCAAUAUGUGUUCCGAACACACAGGAGAAUUUAAUGAACUGUGAAUGUGACAACCAAUGUUACAGACUCAGGAUUGCUGUAUUUUGUAUGUGUAUAUAUAUAUUUUUGCCCUCUCUCAAUUCUGUCUUAGUAAAAAUAAUAAAAAAUAUAAAUCCUGUUUA